AUGUCCCAACUCAACUACCGCACAAUCAACAUCGACGUCCUGGACCCCGACGCCUCGAUCAACUUCCCGAUGGACACGCUGCUGCCGGCGACGCUGCCGGCGCCGACGACCUCGAGCGCCGCCGCCGCCGUGGCCGGCGAGGUGCGCCAGCUGCUGCGCGGCGGGGACCCGGCGGCGGCGCUGCGGCACGUGCUGGACACGGCGCCCCUAGGCGGCGACGAGCGCGCCAAGGAGGUGCACCUGGCGGCCGUGACCGAGGUGCUGCAAGGCAUCCGGCAGGCGGAGAUGAGCCGCGUGCUGGAGGGGGUGUGCACCGGCGAGGACGGCGGGGCCGAGCGCGCCGACUGCUUGAUGAAGUAUCUCUACAAAGGCAUGGCCUCCCCCGUCUCCGCGCAAACCCCUCGCAAAUCCGUCUCCCCGCAGAGUACGGGGUUCUCGCAGAUCCAGGGCCGCAAUCUGGGCGAGGGGGGCGGCGGACAGCAGAUGAGUGUGCUGUUGAGCUGGCAUGAGAAGUUGGUGGAGUUGGUGGGGACGGGGUCGAUUGUGCGGGUGAUGACGGAUCGGAGGACGGUUUAG